AUGACUCGAGUGGUAAUCUAUGCUCAAUAUGAUGGGGAAUGGAAGGAAGAGCAAGGGUUGUAUAAAUGGUCGCCAAAGAAUAAGGAAGUUAUAUCUAUCAUUGUUGAUGACUCCAAUAUUACUUUUGAGGUGUUAUUGGAGAAAUUGUAUAAGAAGAUUAGGGUGAAUCAAAAUGAUAUCGAAUUGAAAAUAAGUUACUUACGUAUCAUUGCGGGAGAAAAUAUGCCACCAUUCAUUUUACGAGGGGAUGAAUGUCUUGCAGCUUAUCUUUUGGAUUGUGGAGAGAACAAUCGUAGAGUUGCACUACGUGUGGAGCUCAUUAAGAGAGAAGAUAUAUGUGACAUGGAAGUUGAACGCAACAUGAAAGAAAAUGAACAAAGUUUAGUAGAUGAUUACUUUGACCGUGAAUUCUACUUUGAAAAUAAUAUUUGUGAUGCUGCUUCUGCACCAGGCGAAAGUGGUGUUAAUCUAGGUUGUGAACCUGUGGACCUUCUUAACAAAAGGACAACAUCAUCAUCUCCAACUCCAAAUCACAUUGACCCACUGAACUACUAUGAUUCGUUGGACCACCAUGAUGAACAAAGUCAAGUCCCUAGUGAAGACACAUUUCGUUUCCCAGAUGGGUCAGAUUUGGCAAUUGGUCAAGAAUUCAAGAACAAAGAUGAGGUAAAAACUAAGUUGAACGAUAUUUCUAUAAAGGCUUGCUUUGAAAUGGAAAUUAAUAAAUCUACCAAGUCAUUAUAUGUGACAAAAUGCAUUGACAAGUCAUGCAAUUUGGCAGUGCGUGUAGCAGAAGUUACCAACUCAGAGCGUUUCUCAAUACGAACUUAUUGUAACACUCACACUUGUUCCCUUAUUAGCCGGAAAAGAUUGCAUCGUCAAGCAAGUGCUGCAGUAGUUGCUAAUGUCGUGAGGUCAAGUUUCGAUGGUCAAAAAGAGACACCGAAGCCAAAAGCAAUAAUGACGAUUAUGCAGAACAAUCACAUGCCAAUAACAUAUUGGAAAGCUUGGAAGGGGAAAAAACUUGCAAACAACCUUCUUAGAGGUUCACUUGAAUUAAGUUUUCAAAAUCUUCCAGCUUACUUAUACAUGGUUCGAAAGAUGAAUCCAGGUACGAUCACGCAUUUGGAGGUGGAUGAAGAUUCUAAAUUCAAAUAUGUUUUCCUAGCAUAUGGAGCAUGCAUCAAAGGAUUUCGUUGCAUGAGAAAGGUUAUUGCGGUGGAUGGGACUUGGUUGAAGACCAAGUACAAAGGUGUAAUGCUCAUUGCAACAGGACAAGAUGGUAAUUUUCAUCAAUAUCCUAUUGCUUGGGCUGUGGUUGAUUCAGAGAAUGAUGCUUCGUGGUCAUGGUUCCUUACAGAGUUACAAGAACUUAUACCAGAUGAUAGUGAUUUAAAUAUUAAAGCACGUGUCAGAGUUAAAGGUGUCAUAAAAUUAUUCGAAGAAACUGCCAAUGCCUAUAAAGUUUCCAACUUCAACAAACUCUAUGAUGAAUUGAAGAAUAGAUAUCCUGUAGCAGUGAAGUAUCUUGAAGAAUCAAAUCUCACACUUAGUAAAUGGGCAAGAUCUCACUUUACAGGCUGUCGGUACAAUAUUAUGACUACGAAUGGUGCAGAAUCUAUUAAUGCAGCACUGAGGGAACCUAGAGAGUACCCUAUCAUUGCAUUGUUGGAGGCUAUGCAGGCAAAAGUUUCUGAGUGGUUCAACAAUCGCCGCAAUAUUGUGGCAUCUAUCAAUACAAAGUGUACACCUUUAACUCCAAAGGCGGAGAAUAUUAUUCGAAAAAGAUUCAAGAAAGCAUCGGAAAUGAAUGUGAAACAACUUAACCGAUUUGAGUAUGAGGUUACAGGUAAAGAAAAUGAUGCCAUAAUUGAUUUAGGUCAAAGAAAAUGCUCAUGUCGGGUCUUUGACCUUGAUCAACUUCCAUGUGUGCAUGCAUUAGCAUCAUAUGAGCAAGCUGGAAUAGAAGUGUAUGAUUUGUGCUCUAAUUAUUAUAAGUUGGAAACUUGGGCGUUGGCUUAUGUUGAUACCAUUUAUCCAGUCUCAACAAGAAGAUUGGGAUAUCAAUGA